CGUGGAUCAAACUCUAACGGACGUCUUUUGUAAUACAACCAUCACUAUAUUGUCUCAUCGCUCCAAUAAUUCACACCCCUCCUUCCUAAAAGAUCAGAAAUAGCCAACUGGCACUUUUGGUUCAUUAUAAAAUAGUAACGCCAAAGGAUAGAGCUAAAGACAAAAAAAAGUCUCGAAUUUGACUCUGAUUCAUUUGGUUUUUCCUUCUCAUAUAUGCCACAACACAGAAGCCACGUUCAUUUAACAAGCUCCCUGUCUCCUCCAAGCAAUCAAACCACAAAACUAAAGUACUCAAAAUACUAUAGUUUCAGAAAGAAGAGUUUGUUCAUAAAGAAAGAUGAACAUGUCGACUUCUGAAUGUGAAUCGGGAUGGACCAUGUAUUUUGACCAGUCCCAUAAUUCAUGGUCGUAUAUGGGUGUGAAGCAGUAUGGAGAAGAAGAAGCGGAUGAUGAUGAUGGUGACUUGUCUAUGGUUUCUGAUGCAUCAUCUGGACCUAGACAGAAGUUUGAUGAAGAUGAUCAAGAGAAAGUAUAUGGAGAGAGGAAGAAGACAAGAUCAAAGAAAGAGAAAAGGAUUAAUGAUAUUGAUGAUACUGCUAGUUCUCCUGUUUUCACCUCCACCUCCAAGAAUAAAUCUAGAUUGUUGAAGAAAGCACCGUCGGUUGGUGAGAAAUGUGCAUCAAACAAACAAGGGGCAGAUAAUGAAGUGACAACAAAAAAAGGUCGUGAAUGUGUUGCUAAAGGCUCAAGAGAAUUGGGAUCGACGAAUGUAAUAGCAAGACAACUUAAUUUAAAAUAUUAGGACAAGGGGUCCUUGGCUUUCCAAAGCUAUUGAUUUGUUUAUUGUUAUUUUUUGUUAGGAGAAUUCCCUAAACAUAUCAAAAUAAACUUCUCCUAAACCUAUCCAAAUUUAAAAAAAAAAAAAUCUAAACAAGAAUGUAUUAGUUAUAUAAUAAAUUAGGUUACAAUAUAUUAUAUGGGUUAAUUAAAAAGAUAUUAAAUAAAAAUACUGUAAACAUUAACAUUAACGAUCAUUAUGAAAUGGAUAGAAAUAUUUUUAAAUAAAGAGGAUAAAUCAGG